AUGACAAACUCAUUAAGUCUUAACUGGCAACAUCAGCUCUGCAAGAAUCCUAGACCAAACCCUGACAUAAAGACACUCUUCACGGAUCAUUCAUGUGCUGCUCCUACCAAUGGAGCAAGAGCUCCCCCCCUGCAAAUGCCGUUUCAACCUGUGGUUUCACCAUCUCCAAAUGCAAUUGCUGGUUGGAUGGCAAAUCCCAAUCCCUCUUUACCACAUCCUGCUAUUGCACAAGGGCCGCCCGGUCUUGUUCAGCCACCAAACACAGCGGCAUUUCUAAAGCAUCCAAGGACUCCUACAAGUGCGCCUGGCAUUGACUAUCAGUCUGCAGAUUCUGAACAUCUGAUGAAAAGAAUGCGUGUAGGCCAGCCAGAUGAGGUGUCAUUCUCUGGUGCAAGCCAUCCUCCCAAUGUUUACAGUCAAGAAGACCUCCCCAAACAAGUUGUUCGCACACUCAAUCAGGGUUCUAAUGUUAUGAGCCUGGAUUUCCAUCCUGUUCAACAAACUAUUCUUCUAGUUGGAACAAAUGUUGGUGACAUCGGGAUAUGGGAAGUUGGUUCACGCGAAAGGAUAGCACACAAGACAUUUAAUGUUUGGGACAUUGGCUCCUGUACCUUGCCAUUGCAGGCUGCACUAAUGAAAGAUGCUGCAAUAUGUGUCAAUAGGUGUCUAUGGAGCCCUGAUGGAAAUAUUCUAGGUAUGGAAACAGGCAGUUCAGCUGCAUUAUUAAUACGCGCCAUUUUUCAAUAA